UGUGCAGAUCUGAGUAUGACACCUUGGUACUUCUAUCAAAGCAGCUGUGUUUAUCUCGCGACAGCAUUAGUUAAGCUCGUUUGUCUCGCAACUUUUCUCAAGGUAUCUGAGAGCGAUAGCUUUGAUCCUUAUCAGGAAUGUCUGAAGGCAUUAAUAGGCUUCAUAGAUGUUGCUGGGCUUUAUUUUGCCUUGACCCAGUUGACUCACAGAAACAUCUCUCAAAAUCAUAAAUUUCAAGCAGUUGGCCUAGGAUGGGCGUUUGCGGAUUCUGUACUGCAUAGAUUGGCACCCCUUUGGGUGGGCGCAAGAGGACUAGAGUUUACUUGGGAUUACAUUCUGCAAGGCCUAGAGGCUAAUGCAAACCUGGUUUUGAGCAUAUCUCUUGCGGCACUAGGAUCUUUGAUGUGGCUCCGAAAGAAUAAACCCAAGACUCUGAUUCCUAUAAUAUAUUUGUGUGCAGGGAUUGUGGCUACCAUGCCAUCCAUCACUAGCUAUCUGAGGCGAGGCUUGGGGUGGCAUUUACUGAAGGUCGUAGGGUUUGAACUUUUCACAUCUUUGGUAAUGGCUAUUUUAAGUUGGCAGCUCUUUGCUGCAUGUCAGAGGCCUUCAGCAUGAGAACCUAUCAUGACCAGAAUCAGAGAAAUGCCAUUAAGAUUAUUGUUAAACUGUGCUUAACUUAUUUCUGGCCAGUGUGUUGAUGAGCCAAUCUCUGCACCAGACGGUAGCUGCCCUGCCGUUUAAAUUUUACCAACUUUAGAUAUAUCAAUUACAAUUUCUUGAUAUAUUUGAUUUUUAUGUUUCUUGCGAGAAGUUAAAUGAAAAUUAGAGUUUUGUGAAUUUGGAGUUGUGCCGUGAGUUGCUUAGGGUUUGAGGCAUCAACUUUGUUGAUCA